AAGUGACAAAGGUAUACCAAUUGGAAUUAAUGAUUUUAAAAGUAUUGUCAAAAUCUAUCUGGAUGAUAGUGGAAAAAAUAUACAACAGUUUAAAGAUAACCGACCAGGUUGGGAGUGGUGUAAACUUUAUCUUGACAGGCAUCCAUCAUUAAAAGAAAAAAGUCAAAUCUCAUUGUAUUUCAAGGAAACGUGCACAGAAUAAUUAUUGUCAAAUAAAAUUAUUUUUUCAAAAUCUAGAGAAGGAAUUAAAUGGAGUAACGCCAGAUAACAUUUACAAUAUGGAUGAAACAGGGUUUCAUGAUGACCCUGAAAAAAAAAAACUUAUUUUUCGUCGAUCCUCUCGCCAUCCAGAACUUAUAAGAAACACAACAAAAACUUGUUACACUGUCGUUUUUUGUGGAAAUGCCUCAGGAAAACUAAUUCCACCAUUUUUCAUUGUUAAAGGAAAACACAGUUGGUCUGACUGGGUUUUCAAUGCACCAUAAGGAUCAAGAGUGGCAACUUCUUGCAGUGGCUGGAUGGAAAUUCAAAUAUUUGAAGAGUGGCUGUUAAAUCACUUUGUUCCAAAUAUUAUAAAUAAGGAAGAUGUUGGAUAUUUCUCGAGUUUAAAAGCUGAUUGGAGGUCAGUUUUUAAUCAAUGGCGUAAAACAUCCAGAGGAAAAAAGGUUAAUAACCUGCCAAAAAAUUUGUUUACGCAGCUCAUUAAACCUACUCUUAAUGUUGGUAAAGAAAAUCUAGAACAUAAUCUCCAAGCAGGAUUUAAGGCUACUGGCAUAUAUCCAUUUGUAUCAGAACAUGUUCUCUCCAAAUUACCCAGUUUUACAAAUAUUCAACUCAAUAUUGGAGAAUCGUUUAGGAAUUAUGUUGAUGAUAUUCAUCUUAAUUAUGAAGUAAGCAAAAAAUUUAAGUUACCAAUAACAGCAGGGAAAAGUGUAUCAGCCACUGAGGCAGAAGCAUACUAUAAGGAAAGAGACAAUAAAAAAAAAAGUCAAGAUAAUAUUCGAGCAAAGAAAAGAGGAAGACCACUUGGAUCAAAUAAUAUGGUUAUGAAAAUAAACAAAAAACUUAAUAUUUUAUAAAGUUCAAGCAUCGUAAAUGUUAAUCAAGUUAUUGAAGACAAUGAACAAGUUUUACCUGUAUCUCAAAAUGAUGCAGUUUUUCAUUGGAGCAAAUAAACAAUCACUAUGUACAUGUUUUCCUUGAUCAUGAUUAUUUUGUAAAAGAGUUAGUUGUAACUCAAGACUAAAAGAAUGAAACACUGUAAUAUUUAGUUUUAUAGUCAAUGGUGUUUAUUUGUGGAGAAUUAUAUAAAAUUAAUGUCUUAAUUAUUU